AUGUUCCGAGCGGCGGCGGCUGGGCCGUUUGACGAAGUCGUCACCAAGGCGACUGACGAGAAUCUGACGUCGGAGGACUGGGGCGCCAUCAUCGAAGUAUGCGACAAGGUGUCUGGCGACCAGAAUGGCUCCAAGGAAGCCGUCCAGAGCAUGAUCAAGAGGCUCGCCCACCGAAAUGCCAACGUGCAGCUCUACACUCUCGAGCUUGCGCACGCCCUCUGCCAAAACUGCGGGAAGAAUAUGCACCGCGAAGUCUCCAGCCGCGCUUUCACCGAGGCCCUGUUGAAGCUGGCAAACGACCGCAACACCCACCAGCAGGUAAAGAGCAAGAUCCUGGAGAAGAUGCAUGAGUGGACCGAAAUGUUCAGCAGCGACGCCGACCUGGGCAUCAUGGGCGACGCCUUCCACAGGCUGAAGCAGAGCAACCCUUCGCUACAGCCGCCCAGCGCACCCCAGAAGCAGGGCCUGACCGACCAGGACCGACAGAAGGAGGACGACGAGUUACAGAUGGCCCUCAGGCUCAGCUUGCAAGACGAGGAACACAAGAAGCCGGCUCAGGCGGCGCCAACUGCCCAGGCAGGGUCCAGCAAUCAACAACAGCAGAAUGCCCCGGCGUCCACUGCCGUGCCCUCAGGUACCACGGCUGCCACGGUCAGCAGGGUGCGCGCCCUCUUCGACUUUACGCCCACCGAACCCGGCGAGCUGGAAUUCAAGAAGGGUGAUGUCAUUGCUGUGCUGGAGAGCGUGUACAAGGAUUGGUGGCGUGGAUCGCUCAAGGGAAAGACUGGCAUCUUCCCUCUCAACUACGUCGAGAAGCUAGCGGAUCCUACACCAGAGGAGAUGCAGCGAGAGGCUCAGAUGGAAGCGGAGGUUUUCGCUGAGAUCAAGAACGUGGAGAAGCUCCUGACGCUGUUGAGCGCUUCUAACACGGGGCCUCGAGAGGAAGACAACGAAGAGAUCUCCAAACUAUAUCACCAGACGCUUGCAAUCCGCCCAAAGCUGAUCAAGCUGAUUGAGAAAUACUCUCAAAAGAAGGAUGACUUCACCCAGCUCAACGAAAAGUUCAUCAAGGCUCGAAGAGACUAUGAAUCGCUGCUAGAGUCGUCCAUGUCUCAUCCUCCUCAGCACAACUACCAACAGUAUGCCAUGCGCCCAGGCCCUCAGGGGUACGCGCCGCCAGGAGGCAACUAUCCACCACAGCCUCAACAGCAGGAUCCCCAGAGAUUCUACACCCCUGGUCCUCAAGGCCGGCCACAGUACAACCAGACUUCUUCCCCACCUCCUAACUUCCCACAGCCUGGGGCUCCUGCACAAGGUCCUCCUCAUUCUACGCUAGCCCCCUUUUACGUAGCAGGGACCGAAGUGCCAACUCAUGCUGCUGCAGGCCAGCCGCCCGCUGCUCAGCCAUAUCCCCCGAGAGAACAAGCUCCUAGAAUACCAUCCAAUGGCAGCCAACCUCCUCCCCUCAAUACCUCAACAUCACCGCCCCCUCAAAAUUUCAACCCCUUCAAACAGCCCGGUAACCAGCAACCACCAAGCACCUACGGCGCCCAGGAACUGGCUACAUCUGUAUACGAUUCUCCUAUUGCUCCUAACAACCCGACCUCUGCCGCCACAUAUUCUAGCUCUGUCUAUUCUCAAGAAGGCCCAGGCAUGCCUCACCCAAAGGAUAACGAGCCAGUAGCUCCCUAUACUACGCAGCAACAACCGUCGUACCAGAGCUACCAGCCCAAUCAACAACCCCCUUCUGCUCCUCCCGGCCAACGCCCUCCUAACACCAUGAGCCCACCACCCUUGCAGCCUGGUGGCGCUGCAUACGACGCUCGUCAAAAUCUACCAAGCCAAUCAGGCGCGGCUGGUGGCCCUCAGUAUAGGCCGUAUGUGCCUCCAGGUUCGGCGGAACCUAGCGCUCCAGCUCCAAACGACUACUAUCGCCAACCGGGAGUCUAUUAA